GAGCCAGUGCGCCGCGGAGCCGGGCCACCCGCCGGGUCGGCCGAGAGUGCGCCACCCAGAGAGCGAGAUCCUCAGCUGCCUGGCCGGGAGCCCGAGAGGCGCGCACCAUGAGCGGUGGCGAAGUGGUCUGCUCCGGAUGGCUCCGCAAGUCCCCCCCGGAGAAAAAGUUGAAGCGUUAUGCAUGGAAGAGGAGGUGGUUUGUGUUACGCAGUGGCCGUUUAACUGGAGAUCCAGAUGUCUUGGAGUAUUACAAAAAUGAUCAUGCCAAGAAGCCUAUCCGUAUUAUUGAUUUAAAUUUGUGCCAGCAAGUUGAUGCUGGAUUGACAUUUAACAAAAAAGAGUUUGAGAACAGCUACAUUUUUGAUAUCAACACUAUUGACCGGAUUUUCUACUUGGUAGCAGACAGUGAGGAGGAGAUGAACAAGUGGGUUCGUUGUAUCUGUGACAUCUGUGGGUUUAAUCCUACAGAAGAAGAUCCUGUGAAGCCACCUGGCAGCUCCGUACAAGCCCCAGCUGAUGUUCCAUUACCUGUAAAUACAGCACCACCAUCCACCCAAGCGGACUCAUCCUCCGUUGCUCUACCUCCUCCAUACCAGCUCAUCAACCUUCCACCACACCUGGACACUCUUGGCAUCCAGGAGGAUCCUCAAGACUACCUCUUGCUAAUCAACUGUCAAAGCAAGAAGCCUGAACCCAUGAGCCAAGGGUCAUCUUUUGUUUCUGAAGAAGGAGAGGAAUACCUACUACUAGAAGAUUUUGAAAGCAAAACGAUUCCAUUGCAAACCCACGCCGACUCUGCAAAAUCCACUUCUUCUGAAACAGACUGCAACGAUAAUGUCCCGUCUCAUAAAAAUCCCACUUCCUCCCAGAGCAAACACGGAGUGAAUGGCUUCUUUCAGCAACAAAUGAUGUACGACUCUCCGCCGCCCCGUGCUGCCUCUGUUUCCGCAGACUCCAGCCUUUACAACCUCCCCAGGAGUUUUUCUCACGACGUUUUACCAAAGGUAUCUCCAUCAAGUACCGAAGCAGAUGGAGAACUCUACGUUUUUAAUACCCCAUCUGGAACAUCGAGCGUAGAGACGCAAAUGAGGCACGUAUCUAUCAGUUAUGACAUUCCUCCAACGCCUGGGAACGCUUACCAGAUUCCACGAACUUUUGCGGAAGGCGCGUUGGGACAGACGUCGAAGCUUGACUCUAUUCCAGAUAUCCCUCCACCUCGGCCACCGAAGCCACACCCGGCUCACGACCGAUCUCCUGGGGAAAUGGGUGGCAUCUCCCGCACGACCUCCGACACCGACGGCAGUUACUGUGUCCCCACCGCGGGGAUGCCGCCCUCGCGGAGUAAUACCGUUUCCACCGUGGAUUUGAACAAAUUGCGAAAAGAUGCUAGUUCUCAAGACUGCUACGAUAUUCCACGAACAUUUCCAAGUGACAGAUCUAGUUCACUUGAAGGCUUCCAUAACCACUUUAAAAUCAAGACUGUGGUGACAGUGGGGAGUGUGUCAAGCGAAGAACUGGAUGAAAAUUAUGUCCCAAUGAAUCCCAACUCACCUCCACGACAACAUUCCAGCAGUUUUACGGAACCAAUUCAGGAAGCAAAUUAUGUGCCGAUGACUCCAGGGACGUUUGAUUUUUCUUCGUUUGGAAUGCAAGUGCCUCCUCCUGCUCAUAUGGGCUUCAGGUCCAGCCCUAAGACCCCUCCCAGAAGGCCAGUUCCUGUUGCAGACUGUGAACCCCCGCCCGUGGAUCGGAACCUCAAGCCAGAUAGAAAAGGUCAAAGUCCUAAAAUUUUAAGACCCAAACCCCAUGGUUUAGAGCGAACUGAUUCACAAACCAUAGGUGACUUUGCUACAGCAAGAAAGGCCAAGCCAGCGCCUUUAGAAAUAAAACCUUUGCCAGAAUGGGAGGAAUUACAAGCCCCAGUUAGAUCCCCCAUCACGAGGAGUUUUGCUCGCGACUCCUCCAGGUUUCCCAUGUCCCCUCGACCGGAUUCAGUGCACAGCACAACUUCAAGCAGUGAUUCACAUGACAGUGAAGAGAAUUAUGUCCCCAUGAACCCAAACCUGUCCAGUGAAGACCCAAACCUUUUUGGCAGUAAUAGUCUUGAUGGAGGAAGCAGUCCUAUGAACAAACCCAAAGGUGACAAACAAGUAGAAUACCUAGAUCUAGAUUUAGAUUCUGGCAAGUCCACACCACCACGUAAGCAAAAGAGCAGUGGUUCGGGCAACAGUGUAGCAGAUGAGAGAGUGGAUUACGUUGUGGUCGACCAACAGAAGACCCUGGCACUGAAGAGCACUCGGGAAGCCUGGACAGAUGGGAGACAGUCCACAGAGUCUGAAACACCAAACAAGAAUGUGAAGUGAAAAUACCGCUUUGGCCGUUUCCGAACAAGAGAGGACUGAAGAAUAACGAUAAAUAACGAUAAAUCCUUUUUGAAGAGGACUUGACCCUUCUACUCUAGAUAGGUCAUCAGAUGACUAGAGCUGAAGUCAAAAAACCUUUCAGACAUAAUCAAGCAACUUAGACCGCCAAUGGUGCUUCGUGGUAUCUGAACAAUUCACAGUAUGUAAAUAACGCAGGAAAAUAGUAUUGUGUAUCUUCCAGAAACACAUUUGUUCCAUAGUUAACACACUUGUAUUACUGUAUUUAUGCACUUUUUCAUUUAAAGCGUUGGUUUGGGUGUUCCCAAUGUACCUUAACAAAUUCCUUUGGGAGUUCUUGUUUUUCCUCACACUACUUUAGGUAACAAUACUAAGUUAACUAAGCUACUUUAGAUUUGGAGAUUGCUGUUUAAUCUACAGCCUAACAACAUUAAAAUGAGAAGCAGACCCACAUGUUAGCUAGUGUUCUACCUGAAGCUUCAGGUGGUAACCCUUAGCUUAACCUGCAGAAGUGGACUCAUCAUUCAUUGUCUUCCAAAACGCUGAAGAUGAUGUAUGUACUGGUGUCAGGAACUAGUUCUCUGGUUCAUGUGCAUUUUGUUUUUAAUGGUGGAACUUUUGUUAUAUUUUGUUAAAUACAGUGUUUUUGGUUUAUUGAGUGAAGAUUCUGCCGGAUAGGAUCUUACACCUUUGAAAGACUGAAUAAUUACAGUAUCGAAUAAGCCUACAAAUUAUUGAUGGCAUGCAGUGGUAAUGUGCUCUUACACUUGUUAACAUGUAGUAAACAUGAUUUGCAAACGUUAGAUUAUAUAACUAAUCAGGUACGUACCAGGCACUGAUGUGCCAAUACACUGAUCAGGUUUAGGCAAUGAGCUUUAGUUGUGUUCUUGUUAGUUCUAAUAUUGGUUUCCAGUUUGGAACCAGUGACACAGUUAACAUUCACUGUUAGUUAUAGCAACAUACUGUGAUUUUUAAUUGGACAGUAAUUCAGAUGUAUUACUCUAAGAAUGAAAUUCUAUCUUUUGACACCAUAGUGCCCUUUCUAUGAUAUUUUUUUUUUACUUAAUAUUCUUCUUGGCCUUAUAUUUAAAUCCCUAUGCAAUUAAUAUUUUAUAUCUGCAUUUUUUAAAAAAAAUAGAUGUUAUAUAAGUGAUUCUCAUAUGUAGCACCUAUUGCUUUUCCAGUAAGAGAAUUAAGGGUUUUAUACUGUGAUUUCUAUUCACUGCCCCAAUUCAAGAAAUAUUGGAGCCUUACUAUAAUGUGAAAUCUUAGUCAUGGACCCCUUUCAACCAGAUUUCUGUUUCGUUUUGCUUAGUUUUGUUUUUUUU